AGGAACACCGGAACUGGACUGCACUGGUGAUCUGGAAGGUCUUUCAUUUUAGCUGAAGAACGAAACUUGUCUGCUUAUUUUACCCACGAUGUAUGUCUGAGGACCAACAACCAUUAAUAGAACUAUCACAUCUGGCCUGAAAUAAGCCGUGUUGCACACCAAAGGAGUGGAAACAUAGCGGUAUAUGUUAAGUAUUCAUCGGGUACUCGAUCAAAACAACAAAACGGAACCGUGUUCUGCCCUAAAAGAAGCUCUGCUGUGCUAUCAGGCACUGGGAAGCUAACGUUGCGUUAGUGGCGGACUCGUCAAGAAUAUUCCAAAAGGCAGGAGCUCAUCAAUCGGAGCAGACAAAGACAGCAGGAGUUGUGGGGAUUCAAGCAUCCCUUAUCAUCUGGCCCUGAGAUGACAUCGCAGCAGCCACAACUUCCCAAUGCUGUUAUUCCUCCCCAGCUUGCCCAGAACUCCUCUGCUCAGCAGGCCCGACCUCACAUUCAGGCCAAUCAGCUGGACUCGAGUCAGAGUAGUCUUGACCACAGAGCUCUGACGGGUAGGCCAGGCUGCUCAGGUGUAGCAGCAGCGAGCGGAGAAGUGGCCAACAGGAACGUUCCAGCCUCCUGCACCAACUCUCGCUUGUCCAAAAGAGAUGGGGGCUUCGAGCCAUGGCCCGAGGAAGCGGUGGACAAUUCCCAUGGGCUUUACUCACUCCAUCGCAUGUUUGACAUAGUUGGAGCCCAGCUAACCCAUCGGGAUGUCAGGGUACUGUCAUUCCUGUUUGUUGACGUGAUUGAUGAAUACGAGCGUGGUGGCAUCAGGAGUGGACGGGAUUUCCUGCUCGCCCUAGAGCGCCAAGGUCGCUGUGAUGAAACCAACUUCCGACACGUUCUCCAGCUUCUAAGGAUUAUCACCCGCCACGACCUAUUGCCUUAUGUCACACUCAGGAAACGGCAGGCUGUUUGCCCAGAUCCUGUCGACAAGUACCUGGAAGAAACAUCAGUGCGCUACAUUUCACCAAGAGGAGCAGUGCAGAGCAAGGACACUGUGCCUCACAGAAGAACAGGUCCUCAGCCAGUCAUUUGCUGUUCCCCAUCGGGACCUCCCCGAACAAAGCCAACUCCUCUCGUACAGAACCGUAAACGGAGAAGUCAUUCCUCAGCUGACUGCAGAGAGAAGCAAACAUGUGAUAUCCGCCUCCGGGUUCGUGCUGAAUACUGCCAGCACGAGUCUGCACUCCAGGGCAAUGUCUUUUCCAAUAAGCAAGAGGCAGUGGAGAGACAAUUUGAGCGCUUCAACCAGGCAAACACUAUUCUCAAAUCCAGAGACUUGGGCUCCAUCAUCUGUGACAUCAAGUUCUCUGAGCUCACCUACUUGGAUGCCUUCUGGAGGGACUACAUUAAUGGAUCAUUGCUAGAGGCCCUUAAAGGGGUCUUCAUCACAGAUUCCUUAAAACAGGCCGUGGGCCACGAAGCUAUAAAACUGUUGGUCAAUGUUGACGAGGAGGACUACCAGGCUGGUCGACGUAAACUGCUCCGGAAUUUGGUCACAAGUGGAGGGAACCCACCAGGAGCCGCCAAAGACUCUCUAUCUUAGACAAUCUGUGCCUCCUCCCACAGGAAAGAGGGUGAGGUGUGGUUGGGUCGUUUAAGGUGCCUGAAAGGAACUAAAGGACUUCUACACAGCGCAUUAAUUCCUCGAUAGCUACGGUCAUAGGUUAUCGACUUGGCACCCUGAAGCAUAGCAUGCAUGGUGAUUUUAUUUUCUUCACAGAGGAGGAUGCUCAUUAAUGCGUGCAUUGCAUUUAACUAAUUUCUUGUUUCUGGUAUAUUUGCUCAUUAAAACACUUUUGUUAAUUCAAGUGAUAGAUGUCAUUUUCACAACGUGUUCAAAGUCCAGUUCUUUUCAAUAUGGGAACAUUUAUGAAAAGUUACUCCCAGUGGGAGUUGUACCUUAUCGUCAAACUUGUAAUUUUCUUCCAGGUUUUUCAGGUACACUACAUAUUGAUUGGAUUAACCCAAUGAAGAGUGGUUUGUAUGUUAUUGAAAGGCACAGACCAUAGGACUUGAGGCUUUUACACACUAGGAUUAACAACAGAAUUCAGAAUUCUUCCACAUAACUUAAUUGCUUGAUGCCUUUAUUUACAGCACCAAAGCUCAGAAGAAUCAACCUUGUUUCAAAAUAAAGUAUAUUGCUUUUUUGAUACUUAAUAUUUGCAUUCUGUGUGAAGGUUUUCAUGACAAAAACAACUGUUCGGAAAAAUAAAAUUGAUGUGCAAAUGAAUUGCACCAUCAACAACAAAACACGCCCAGGGUGUGUAAAGGCCUUCAGGUUACAAUUAGUUUUUCAAUUUGUUUCAGCUUAUUGUCCAACUUUCUCAAGAAUUCCAGACUUCCCUUGUCUGUAAAGAUGAAGAUCAUUGUUUAUUUGUUUGUUUUUUUGCUCACAUGUGGUCACUGUCGACAUCGUUGUGUCUAAGCUUUGUUUCAACAAAUUCUCUGUUUUGCAAUAUGGAUUGUUGCCAGCAGCUGUAAUGCUGGCCUAAUGUCAAAUGUCCCGUCACUGCCAAUAGUCAAACCUUUUCUGGGUCGUUUUAAUGUGUUGAAUCUAUCCAGUAAAACAUUGAGUCAUUUACUGGUGUUUUAAAUUGGUUUGGAUUUGCAAAUCAGUGCCAGUUUCAUUGUCAGUCUGUACUUCUGCUCACUCUCCGUCUCACUCAUGUUCUCCCCUCAUAACACCGAAAAUGUUUUCAAAUUUUCAAAUAACAACUCAACAGCCGGUGAAAAUUGCAGCUAGUGUGUGUAGAGUCACAACCAGGCUAUUAUUCAUUUUAUUUUUAUUUAUUCACAAACCAAAUUGGGGAUCAUUUUAUUAAGGUUCUAAAACGGGAUAAAAUAGCACUGUGUAAAUCAAUAUAGUACGGUUUGUAUAUAGCAUGGUAAUCCUGCACAAGUCAGUGUGCAUAUCUAGAACAUUGAUGUGCUUCUAAUGGCAAAUCGUCACUUUUACAGUGUAGUAUUAAAUGCUAAAUAGUAUCCAUAUAAUGAGGGGGUUUAACAAGAGAUAUUAGAUGUGGGUGCCUGUGACAAACCAGUGUCAAUGGUAUUACUGGUAACACAUGUUAUGCAAAAGAAUACACCAAGUGACCACUUUAUUAGGCACAUCUUUCUAGUUCUGAGAUGCCCCCAAGGAGCCUAAUAUCUUCAUGGCCUGGAUUGAAGAUUAGAGAUGCUUCUUCAUGUGGACAUGGUAGUCCCACACAGUUUGCUGUACUGAAUGGGUUUCUUUUUUCCCAGGCUGCAGGAUUUCAACAAGGUUGUUGAUAUAAAAACUAAAUUAAUCUGAAAUUAUGUUUAGCUGUAAUACAUUCAGCAGAUCAGUAGCUUAUAUGGACUACUACACAUUCAUCCCAUACAGCAUGUUAUUUUUUAGUAACUUCACCCUUUUAGUGUAUUAGCGUAGCAGUGUGAGCAAGCUGCAGAAAUUGUGCACAGCAUCACAAGGUCCCGACACACACAGCCAAGAGUAUGCAGUUAUGUGCCGUUGAGCUUCCUGUGAGUCUACAUGUUAGUCCUUAUCACAAGAUUAUUAAUAAUGUAUUAUAUGUUGAAAAAUUAUAUAAUUUUAUUCAAAGCAUUUGUCAAAAUGGUUUAAUUGUUAUGUUUCUGUUUCAUAUUUAGUGGAUUAUGAAACGGACUACUACUGCUGGAUGUUUUCUUCUGCAGAACUUCCUUACAUUUUGGUGGCCAACUGGCUGUAAUCUCUGUUCAGUAUUCAAGAGUAAACCAACCUUAUUACCAGACAAGAGUAUUGGACGAUCCUAAAAAAUCCUAGAUUGUGAACACAGCAGCUCGUAUCCUAUGGUAAGAGAAUGAUUGUGGUUACGUUUAAUAAAUCGGCACAGGUCAAUUGAAUGUAUUACAGGAUGGACACACACCUGCUAUCCAUCCAUCACACCGCUUCACGCCCUUACUUUUGAAUAUCUGCAGAAAGGACACACUACUUACCGGCACUGGACAUUCACGUUGCUUGUAAAUCACGUGAUGUGUAAUUGUCCGAUGUUGACACACUUCAAAGGUAUUAUGGGAUGGAGUUGACACCGAUGGCAAAGGGGGUGCCGUCGUUGUACGUUUUCAAAUUCUCCAAAUUGUGUCUAAAAAUGUUUUUAUUUGACACGUUGAAAUACUAAUACCAGGACUGGUUAUGACUCAACGCAAACUCAAAGUACCUUUGUUUGGAAAUGUCUCAGUGAUAGUACAUCAACGACGGAACAUAAUGCUGUUUUGUAAUGAGAUUAUUUCACAUUUUGUAACAGAAGUAGAUCAGGGACUGAAUGUCACUUUAGUAAACUGUCAUUUGAAAUGCCUAUUGCUAAUAACAUUUCUUCUUGUCUUUUCAGUGCAAAUAGCCAAAUGAUUUACAUAACAAAUCUGUGUACCCUUUAAAAACUUUAGUGUAUAUUUUUACCAAAUAUAUUCUUCCUGCUAAAAAUGCCCUCUUUUAUUUCUACCAUUCACGGUACAUAUCAAAACAUACGUUAUGUUUGACGGGACACUAUUACUGUGAAUUAUAGUGUAGGCCUACAUUUUCACGUUUUUACUUCAUGUCAAGGUUACAAGUUAGUAUCUAUUAUAUAGGUUGGUGUAUGUUAUGUUGAUUGUUUGUUAUGUUAGUCAAAUGCAGCCGUCUCUUCCGCAAAAGUGCAUGUACCUGUAACCAGAAAUGUCAUUGAACCUCACAGUGCUUUUGUGAAUACCUUAUCGGGUGUCAGGUUUUCUUACAUACAUUUUGCUUCUCAGAAAACAGUAGGACUGUUAAUAAAUUAAAUGGAUGGGUUUUGUGAA